GGCGGGCGAGGCGAUUGACAGCUAUGCUGCAGAUGGAAGCAUAAAAGCAAAUAAUUAAUAAUUAUUAUUAUUUUAUUUUCCGAGAAGGGGAAUAAUCAAGGGAGAGAGAGUGGGGGGCUUCUUCCUUCGAGGCCUCCUCCUCGCGAACCCGCUCCGACCCCAGGCGUGCCUCGAUCCUCAGCGGGCCGCGUUCACACGAGACCCGGGCUCAGCACACCCGUGCAAAACGGGGAAGCGUCGCUUUAGCGAAGGGAGGGGGCUAUUUGCAGUGCACGCUUUGCAUUAACCCCCCUCAAAAAAGCAACACCCCCAAAACCCAGGCGCAAGGCAUCGACCCUCCGCCGCUGCACGUGAGAAUGCAAACGCGUGUCAGCCUGCAAUUCCCCGGAUGCAUCUUAACGUGGAUUUCUUAGACCCAAGCGGAGUUUGCAUGGAUUGCAAAGCUCCCCACCCAACCCAGCCCGGGUUUCCCCUGGCGCCCGCCCGCCUUCCUCCUUGCAAAAGGCGAAGAUGGCGUUGGUGCGGGUUGCAUGCAACGGCUGGGCCGGCCUGGGGUGGAGGAGCGCCUGGCGGCUGCCCCGGACCGAUUUCUCCUCCUUCUCCGGGAGCCCCGGCCGAGGCUGGAGCUGGCCUCCCUCCAGGGUCUUGCUAGGGGCCGCCUUCGCGCUGGGAGCCGCGGUGGGCACCGGCCGGACUCUGUACCGCCGCUUCGGAGCCCAGAAACAGUUGGCCGAGCAGCACCGGGACGGGAUCCUGCCUGAUGGCCAUCUCCAUCUGACACUCUACCAGUAUAAAACCUGUCCGUUCUGUAGCAAAGUCCGAGCUUUCCUGGAUUAUCACCGGCUGCCGUAUGACAUUGUGGAGGUGAACCCGGUAAUGAGGAGAGAAAUCAAGUUUUCCUCCUACAGAAAAGUCCCCAUUCUUCUCAUCGAUACGGAAAGUGCUCUGCAACUGAACGAUUCUUCCGUCAUCAUCAGCGCCAUUAAAUCCUACCUUAUAUCCAGGAAGAGCUUGGAAGAAAUCGCCACUUACUACCCUUCCAUAAAAGCCACAAAUAGCGAAGGGAAGGAGGUGACUGAGUUUGGGAACAAGUAUUGGUUGAUGCUGGACAGCAAGGAAACUCUCAGCGUUUAUCCUGUCGAGGAAGUAAGGAAAGAGGAAAUGAAAUGGCGGAAGUGGGUGGACGAUCGGCUGGUCCAUUUGAUCUCUCCCAAUGUUUACCGCUCGCCGGGAGAAGCCCUGGCUUCCUUUGACUACAUCGUGCGGGAAGGGAAGUUUGGCCUGGUGGAAGGCUUCUUUGCCAAAUACGUGGGGGCGGCGGCCAUGUUCUUCGUAAGCAAGAGGUUGAAGAAAAGGCACCAUAUGCGGGACGAUGUCCGGCAAGACUUGUACGAGGCGGUCAACGAUUGGCUCAAGGCUGUUGGCAAGCACCGGAAGUUCAUGGGAGGAGACCAUCCUAACCUUGCCGAUUUGGCAGUCUAUGGAGUCCUACGGGUCAUGGAAGGUUUGGAGGCUUUUGACGACGUGAUGGAGAACACUAAGAUCCAGCCUUGGUACCAACGCAUGGAAGAUGCAAUCGGUCAGGGGGAGGCAGCCAACUGGGCACGGUGCUGAGUUUCGGGGAUCAAGAUUUUUUUUGCCUUGCUUAGGAAAAGCUGUUUCAAUUUAAAGCAGUGUAGUUCUGCGCAUUGGACUGGAGUAGAACUAAAAUCACGGUCAUGGGGAGAAUCCCGAGCAGAAGAAUGAAAAUACAGAUUUAUUUUGAUUUUAAGGAAGAGGGUUAGAAGAGCCAAUAGGAGGCCGUGUUUGUUUGGAGGCUUAAAUUUUGAAUUAAAAGCAACUAUCUUCCUGGUCAACUUUCCAAAACACGAAAUUCAAGCCCGGAUGGAAGGAAACGGAUGCUCGGACGCUAUUACGAAGCCGCUUUUGCCCCAGUCAAAAAAACAUUUUGAAUUGUCCUUGAACGCGGCCUUCGUUGCAAGCUGGCUGAACUGUAAUUUUACUGCCAGCUUACGAAAGGAAAUGCUUGUUUUUCCAUGUUUGGUUUUAACGGUUAUAUAUUCUGGGAUGCAA